AUGUUGCCUUUGGAGGCAUAUUCGUUCUUUAGUGAUAAAGAUCCAUAUGAACAGACUGAAGCCCUCUGGACAUCGAUUAAUCAGCAACAAAGAGAGUGCAACAGUGUCUCUUCAUCGUCACCUAAUGUGAAACCCAUCCCUUUAGAAGCAUUGCAGCAUUGGAAACGAUAUUUCGUGUUUUGCCGCUACACCGUCUCCCGCGUAUUUGACUGGCGAGAGGUAUUCUCGUAUCUUGAUGUUUUACCAGAGAGAAGGAAAUCAUCAUCUCUUUUACGACAUAAUAGGGAUUCGGGAUCAAUACCAUCAAAAAAAUUAGUUUCAUCAGAGGGUCAAAAAAAUUGUAAUUUUAAUGAUGUUGCUGUUGAAGGUGUUUACAAUGAUGGUGUUGGUGAAAAAUUUUCACCAAGAUCAAGUAGUAGGCGGAAUUCGGUUGAGUUAAUGAAACAAGCACUCAGCAAAGGUUGUGAGAAACGAUUAGGUACUUUCCCAUCUUAUUUACACCAGCAACGUCUUUUUCGUUGGACAAAGAUGUUGGCUCAGUGUAUCACUUGGCGCCUUUCUGAUGCCUCAAAGAAGGGAACACUGAUUCCAUUUGAAGAGUUACUGCACUAUCGUCUCAUAUUUGUUGCCAGAGCUAGAGAAGUGAUUUGUAUGAGGUUUUAUUUAUCACCUCUGUUAACUCUCAUGGAAAAUGAGGAAAAUAAAAGGUUGACUCUUUCUACUGUACAGUCUCCAGUAAAAGAUAAAAAAAGAGCAGAAGAAGGAGGAGGAAAAGAAUUUCCUACUCUUUCUAUUUCUGAGAAUACUGUACUAACAUUGACACUUACGAUGACGUUUGCAUCCCUACGUCUUUCGACUACCCUCCCUUUGUCAAAGUACAUUCCUGCAUUAACUGCACGUGGUAUCGAAGCGUUAUGGACAGACAUAUUACAAAAUACUUCCCGCUUUUUGUGUGAGAAAGACUUGGGAGAGAAAGUGCGUGAUCAAUUGAUGGCUUCUUUAAAUCACACUAAUCAAUUUGAACCUUUAACAGCUGCUUUAUUACAGGGAGAGAAUGGUUUAGAUUCUAAGGUGCACUCAGAGACAUUAGGACCAUUAUUCGGGGAUUAUGCUUAUCGAAGAGAAAAUGAACAUGUAAAUCCCCUGAUUACUCUACCAAAUAUAAUGGUUUCUCCUCUUAAAACUGCCACAGAAAACCAUUUGCUUCUCGUAACACGUGUCUUGGAAACAGUUGGAUAUGUAAUGUUAACCAAAAUACGUUGCUUUUGCAUUGAGAAAUGUUAUUAUGUUCUCCCUUUUAUUGCUGAUUUCAUGACUAUAUCAACAGAUCUAAAGAGUAUGCGUCAAGUGUCAGCGUCUCUUCACACAACCUUGCCUUCGACAGAGGCCUCUGUAUCAAAAGAAGAAACAAAAACUGAUAUAAUAGACGAAUUACUUAAUGGUCUCACAGAAAGUAUAGUUGAGCUAUACAGAGUUUAUGUGAAAAAUCACCUACAUGGAUAUGCUGCUGUGGCAGCAAAUAAUUGUAUCAAAAUAGGUGAGGGUGGAAAAAAGAUAACUAUUUCUGAGAGAAUAUUUGCGUUACUUAAAAAUGUUGUAGAACCAAGCCUUGAGGUGGUUCAACAGGUGUUAGUUAAAGUUCUUUCUCCUGAAGGAGGAGAAAAGUUUCUCUAUUUUGUAAUUCAUAUGUUGAAGGGAAUCCUUAAAAAAGAAAUGGAUAAAGUAGAGGAAAGCCUGAGGAGUGGUUCUGGCACUCGGGCACAGUGUCGUGAUGAUCGAACUCAUUUAAUGAAUUACAUUGAUACUCACCCCGUUGCUUUACAUUUUCGUUAUCUCUGUAUGUGA